AUGCUGCAUGGCGGACUACCUGCGCUCCAGCUGCAAGAAGAAGCCGUGCUCGACGUCGCAAGCUGCGAACCACCCGCGAAGACGAAGGACCUUGACGAAGGCCCGACGACCGCGCUGCGCCUCGGCGGACCUAUCGACCUGUACGCACGCGAGAACAUCGGCUUGCUCAUGAACUACGCCGCCGUCGGCCUCGUCCAUGGCACGUUUCCCAGCACGAUCUACCCAUUCCUCAACAUGUACCUCAACAUGGACGGCUUCCAGGUGGCCGGCGCGGCGGCGCUCAUCGCGCUGCCCUGGUCGUUCAAGAUGCUCCUUGGCGUCACGUCGGAUAGCCUUCCGAUCCGCGGUCGGCGACGCCAGCCGUACAUCGUGCUCGGCUGGAGCCUCUGCCUGCUCUUCCUCUUGCUCAUGGCGGCAACGCCAGUCCACUCGCCGUACUACGCGCCAGGCGAGAUCCAGCGCACAACGACCGCAUCGUUGCGGGUCGUCUUGAACGCCCAUGCAUCCGGCGAAGGCAUUACGUACAUCCUCCUCAUGAUGCUGGCGAGCUUUGGGUACGUCAUGGCCGACGUGGCGUGCGACGCGGUCGUCGUCGAGUGCGCGCAGCGCGAAGAAGAGGCUGUUCGCGGCCGCACGCAGACCACCAUCUACACGGUGCGCUACGCGUUUCAGACGUUGGCAUCGGCGAUCGCUGGUCUCUCGCUCAACGGUCCGUCGUACGGCGGUAGCUUCAACUGGGGCCUCUCGUUCAACAACCUCAUGGCGCUCACGAGCUUCGCGACGCUGCUCGGGCUCAGCGGCGCGCUCCUCUGCUUCCCCGCCGAGACGCCAUCACCACCUCUGGCGUUUGGCGCUCGCUCGAGGGACCUGUGGCGGCUCGCGCAGACCCGCGCGAUCUGGCAGCUCAUGGCCUUUUCGUUCCUGAACGCCAUGCUGUUUGAUUUCGAGGCCGUCCCGUCGCUCGUCGUCCAGCGCGACUGGGCGCGCGUUCAGCCACUGAACGCCGCCAUCUUCAACGUCAUCUCGCUCGGGCUCAUGACACUCGCGCUCUUCUACACGAAGCGACAUCUCUUGCAAGCCAAUUGGCGCGUCCUCAUGGCCGUCACGACGUGCUCGGUCGUAGCCCUCGAUGCGACCGUGAGCUUCCUCACCAUCUUUGACGUGGUCCGCAACCAGUGGUUUUACCUCGGUGCGCCCGUCCUCGGCAACAUUCCCCAAGGCGUUCGGUUCGUCGUCGCCACGUAUGCCGCGGUGGAGGUUGCCGACGUUGGCUUGGAAGGCACGACGUACGGUCUUCUGACGACGGUCUCGAACCUCGCGCAGCCAUUUGCAUCGAGCCUUUCCAAGAUGGUCGACGGGUACUUUGACGCGUUCCAAGAUGACAUUGCAAAAGACACGCCGUACGUGCGUCGCCAAGUCGCCUACACGUUUGUAAUCAUGUACAGUAUCCGCCUCUUGAGCAAUGCGACCUUGGUUCUCUUGCCGCGCCAGAAGGCCGAAGCCCAAGCCCUUCGACGCCAUGGCGGGUCGAGCCGCGUCGCCGCGAUCAUCGCCUUGACCUUGUAUGUCGUCUGCCUUGUCUGGGCCAUCACGACCAACGUGCUCUCAAUCUUGCCAGCGACGGCGUGUUUGCGCAUCGCUGGUGGCGACGGGUGCGACCCGUGA